CUCUCUCCCUCUUCACUUUACUCGCUUCGGCUUCUCUUGUUCCUGAAAAAACCUUCUUCCUCAACUCCGCGGCGUAGAUCCGAGGAGUUUGGGAAAACCCUAAAUCAAAAGCUUCUCUUCAAUUUGUCUUUAUUCAACGUCGAUUUGCUAUCAGUCAUGGCAGGACUUGCACCAGAGGGAUCGCAAUUUGAUGCUCGUCAAUAUGAUGCCAAAAUGAAUGACUUACUUUCAGCUGAUGGUCAGGAUUUCUUUACUAGCUAUGAUGAGGUGUAUGACACUUUCGAUUCCAUGGGUCUCCAAGAGAAUCUUCUGAGGGGAAUUUAUGCAUAUGGUUUUGAAAAGCCCUCGGCAAUUCAGCAAAGGGGAAUUGUUCCGUUCUGUAAAGGACUUGAUGUAAUCCAACAGGCCCAGUCUGGAACAGGGAAGACUGCCACUUUCUGUUCCGGAGUACUUCAACAACUUGAUUAUGGUUUGGUGGAAUGCCAGGCAUUGGUCUUAGCUCCAACACGUGAGCUGGCUCAACAGAUUGAGAAAGUUAUGAGAGCAUUGGGAGACUACCUUGGUGUUCGGGUGCAUGCUUGUGUUGGUGGAACUAGUGUUCGUGAAGACCAGCGAAUUUUGUCCAGCGGUGUCCAUGUUGUUGUUGGUACGCCUGGACGUGUCUUUGACAUGCUAAGGAGGCAGUCUCUCCGCCCAGAUUAUAUAAAGAUGUUUGUGUUGGAUGAAGCUGAUGAAAUGCUAUCACGUGGUUUCAAGGAUCAGAUCUAUGACAUUUUCCAGCUUCUGCCAGCAAAAGUUCAGGUAGGAGUGUUCUCUGCCACCAUGCCCCCAGAGGCCCUUGAGAUUACCAGGAAGUUCAUGAACAAACCUGUGAGGAUUCUUGUGAAGCGUGAUGAACUCACAUUGGAAGGUAUAAGGCAGUUUUACGUGAAUGUUGAGAAGGAGGAAUGGAAGCUGGAGACACUGUGUGAUCUCUAUGAGACAUUAGCGAUCACACAAAGUGUGAUAUUUGUGAACACCCGAAGGAAGGUUGACUGGCUGACUGACAAGAUGCGUGCCCGAGAUCAUACAGUGUCAGCAACCCAUGGUGACAUGGACCAGAACACACGAGACAUAAUCAUGCGUGAGUUUAGGUCUGGGUCGUCGCGUGUUUUGAUUACGACAGAUCUUUUGGCUCGUGGUAUUGAUGUGCAGCAAGUGUCGCUUGUGAUAAAUUAUGAUCUGCCUACACAGCCGGAGAACUAUCUGCAUCGUAUUGGACGAAGUGGAAGGUUUGGGAGGAAGGGAGCUGCUAUUAAUUUUGUGACAUUGGAUGAUGAGAGGAUGCUGGCUGACAUCCAGAAGUUCUAUAACGUGGUUAUUGAGGAGCUUCCAUCAAACAUUGCUGAUCUCCUCUAAAUGAGAAUUUUGGUUUUCCAUUAUUAGUAUGGAAAGUGGGAUCAGUUUGGUAAAGUGCAAUUUGUUGUGCGGUUUUCUUUCCUUUUUGGUCUUCGAAGUCUUGUUUCGUAGGUCUAGUAUUUUAAAUUUUUAUGUGUUCUGGAUAUCCUACUACUACUCUUUAUUAUUAAAUUAUAUUAGUACUUGCAUUUUCCAAACUGGAACUCCUUGAACAAUGUUUAUUAGUGAGUGUUUUGUUGUUGCAAA